UUUAGUUAUAUGCUGCUUUCUCUGUUUAAUCCAAUAAAACCACAAAGUUGUCCGAGGUUUUGUUUAAUGACAAGGUCUUCAUUCCAGAGUGUGUUGUAAAUGUGAUCUGGAGGUAAUUUUUCAAAUCAUAUUGGCAAAACGAGCUCGAGACUAUUGACACUUCGGAAAUACAGCUAUCUAUUGAUUAUCACUUGAGGAAAGUCCACUCCAUACUUGACUGGGCGAACCGCAGUUAGGGCGCUUGUCCAACCGGCUUUUCGCUGAGCAUGCAGACCACAAUCGUUUUGCAGCUAAUCGAUAACCCGAAAUUCUGAAGCUCUCAGCUGAAAAAGAUGCGUUGUGCACAGCAGAGUCAUACAUGCAUUUGGACCAGAGUGCCUUUAACUAUGAUUAUGAGACGCUGCAGACCACAGGUGUCAUCCUCGCCAUGGUUAUGUUCGUCACUGGGAUACUUAUUGCUCUGAAUCCAGUCCAGUGGAAGGCCCUCAGCCACCAAAGACAGAAAGUACAGCAAGCAUUCCGCCUCAGACAGUGUAAAGAAGAUGUAUGUGUGCGAUGGGGUGACCCAUUUUGGAGAGGAAAUGUUCAGACACACAAAGAUACUUACAGGAAUGUGGAGGAGAUUAGAACCUGCUUGACCUCUUUUUGUAACCUCAGCCUAAAUGCUGUUCUAUUGCUGUAUUUUUAGGUCUCUCAUGAGCACAAUUUUUGUCCAUGUCUCUUGCCUUUGUGUUCACAUACUGUGCUUUAUUCAUGGGCAUCCUAACAAGUUAUGGAGUCCGCAUCUACAGUAUGAUGCACCUUACCGGGCACCAAUUAUUUUACAUUUGCAUGAAUAAUUUGCUUCACAUUUGGGGCUUAGAUGUAUAAAGCAGCUCCUUGGUUGAUUAUUGAGGCAUCUGGAGUUGAUCAUGAUCUUAUGUUAAUUUUAACAGCAUGAAUAGCCUAUUUGUAUCACUAUAUUCAGAUACAAAGCACUUUAAAAGGUGAUACUUUUAAUACUGAUAAUUAAGUGUUACCAAGAAGCAAAUAAUUAAAGCAACUGAAUGUAUGUAACUGGAUGUUCUCAUGUAGGUACAAAAAGUAGAUGUUAUAUAAAGAAUAUGCGAGGAAGCAGUAUCCAUCAUGGUCUGUAGAACAAAAGCAGAUAUAAAGGAAAUAAUAAAACAAGUGUGCUUCUUUUCUGAAAGCAUGUUUGACUGUUUUUGAAGGAAUGUUUAUGCAUUGUUCAUUAGAAGGCAUGCAUUCAUUAUACUGCAGAACUAGAAGGUUGUGUAUUAAGAGACUUAGACUACAGCAGUCAAAGUGAAGAGUUGGAAACAUUAACUAGAUGUAUGGCCAUUUUUAUUCAUCCAAAUGUAUACCAAUUUGGUUUAAUAAAAGACUGAGUUAC